CCCGAGUUGCCUUGAACCCUCCACAGUCUGUGUUUCUCCGCCAGUCUGUUUGCUUUCUUUUCUCAGAGGCGCUCCAUGCACCGACAGGGCUUUUGGUCCGUGUAGCCUCACAGUGCGCGGACGUUUUCGUUUUUUGGUAAAGUUUGUUUUGUUUUUUUUUGUUUUGUUUUGUUUUGUUGCGCAACCUACCUGAGUUGUUUUUUUUUGUUUGUUUUCUUUUCUGCACGCCUCCACUCCUCUCCACAAUGGAUUUGGUUUGGAUUGUGGGCUUCGUUGUGAGCGUCUGCGCCUGGGUUGCAUCAACGGAGCGGCACAGCGUCUACUGGAAUAGCACCAACCCAAAGUUUCUAUGGGACGACUAUGCCGUGGAGGUGAGGCUGAAUGACUACUUGGACAUCGUGUGCCCCCACUACCCGCUGGGCGAGGUCCCAUCGCAGGACGCCGAGCGCUACGUGCUCUACAUGGUGGAGCGCGAGGACUACGACUCCUGCAAGCCCCAGUCGUACGACCAGAUGCGCUGGGAGUGCGGCCACCCCUUCGCUCCUCACGCCCCCGAGAAGUUCUCCGAGAAGUUCCAGCGUUUCACUCCGUUCACUCUGGGCAAGGAGUUUCGCCAAGGAGAAAGCUACUAUUAUAUCUCCAAACCUUUGCACCACCACGGACAGGAGUGCCUCAGGCUCAGGGUGGACGUCGUGGCUGCUGACGGCUCUCAGGAGGCCAGAGUGGCCAAAGGAGGAGGAGGUGCAGGUGGGGCUGCAGCUGGAGCCGGUGGUGGAGCUCACAACCCCUCCAACAGGCUGCCUGCAGCAGAUGACCCAGUGGUAAUCGUGCCAGAGGUCCAGAAGAGUGUGCGGACGAACUCGGCGGUGACAGCAACAUCCCUUUCAAUCCUCUCAUUGCUGGUCCCAUUUUCAUUACUGCUGUUGUUACACUGAGAGUACACGAGAGAACUGCUAUUCCCAGACAUUUUUUUUUCAGGGACUACAAUGAAGACAGUCCGUGGGGAUGAAACCACUGACUCAAAAAAGACAAUUUUCCAUGCCCAGUGCUGGCCACAGGGAAGAGACUUUUGAAGCUUGUAAAGUACGGAUGGACUCACAUAAGCACUAAGCGUGCUGAGUGUAACUCGACGUUUGAACGUUUGAGAGAAAGCAUUUAAUCUCAUUUUUCAAAAAAAAAAAAAAAAAAAAAAAGAUGACAGUAUUUUUUUUUUCUUUGAAUGAUCAAGCUCUCUUUGAUUUUUUGCAUUGUUGGGCUCUCUUCAAAAAAAAAAAAAAAAAAGACAAAAAAAAACACGAGCCUCUACGGGGAAAAAAAUCUGCAAAGAAAAUAUGAAGAAUCUGAGGAGGAACGUAAACUGGCAGAGGAACAAUCAAGACUAAAAGACAUCGUGGACCGACAAAUGUAUUUGGAUGAUGUCGAUAAAAAUUCAUGUUACAUAAAUCAACGUUGAAAUGAAAAAAAGAGGACUGUUUACCUAAUGAGCCAAAGAUCAGUCAUCUUUCCAACUUGUACACUAAUCCACCCUUGAGUAUUGUGUACUGUUUGUUGUAUUGUUAUUGUGAUGGUAUUGAGUGGCAUUGAUGUCGCAAGUGAUUAUUUUCUCUAAAUGUAGCAUUGACAAACGCAGGGGCUGUUCUCAUGACUACCAUUCCUUUGCAAACUCGACCAUGUGCUUAUAUACUGUAGCACUAUACUGCACAAUGCAGACACACAAACAUACACUACAUAACAGCUGUACAUACAAAUACAGACACACACACACUGACAUCAUGCUACGUUCAGACAGCCAGUAGAAAGUGGCCUAGAUCUGAUUUUUUUGUUUUUUGUUUUUUUUUGUUUUUGUUUUUUGUUAUGCGAACAGCCAAAAAACACACAAAAUCUUGACAUUUUCAAUUCUGAUUUGGGCCUCUUUCGUCCAAAAUCCUGAAUCAGAUAUGCAUGUGUGAUGGCUGCGUGAAAGCUCAGAUCAGAAUUCAUGAUUUUUUGCCCACUUGAGCGCGCUCACAUCUGUCAAAGGGUCAUUAUUUGUUCAUUUUCAUCAGUGGUGGACAAAACAAAACACGAGGAUCGCAACAACAAUGACAAAGGCAGGAGGUUACAAAUGUAAUAAAUUUAUAGGACAUUCUUUUCCUGAACAGCUGCCACCACAGCAAACAAUUGAAGAAAUGAAUCCCUGCAUCACCAUUUUAUCAAUUGUGAUGACGAACUGUAAUGACAUUUUUAUUUUUGUUGCUCAGUAGCAUGUGUGUUGUAAAUGUGGGGUCAUGGCCCCGAUCUGUCCACACUGAUGUCAGAGAACGGGCCACAUGCAAAGAUGAAUGUGAACAGGCAAGAAAAGAUGAGAUUUGAUUUAAAAAAAAAAAAAAAAAAAA